AUGGCUCUUCGCGUCGCUCCUCCUUCCUCGCACCCUACAAGCACCAACAACACGAACGUAAGCAAAUUAGCGCCGAAGAGCCAGAGCACGCUUGACCGAGGGGCCCCGUCCGCUCCAGGUGUCCACGACACUCUCCGAUCAUCACUACUCGCCUCGGACGACAGCAGCAGCACCACAAGUAAAAUCACAUCGACACAUCCGCUAGAAGCCCGCCUAGCCCAAUGGACCGCGACGCAGGAGGCAACCCGGAUGAAUCUGUUAAGGCGCAACUUUGGCAUCGCCGAGCCGCUACGCCGUGGGAUGGAGCUGAAGAUGGUGCGCGACGCCGACUCGUUCCGGCCCACCGUGUUGGGUGCCCCGGGCAGACUGCACGAGGAGAUCUUGACCGGCCGUGACACCGAGGUUACUUGGGAGGACGUGUACCAGGGACAAGAUGGGCUAAGGCUGGGCUUGUCUGGGGGUGGCGAUGGCCAGGGGGUGGGCUGGACGGAUGAGAUGGAGCGGAAGUUGGGUAUGGGAAAGUGGUAA